CAGAUACUUUUGGAACUUUGGGAUUGAAUUAAUUCCUCUUUUAUAUUUUUCAAAUAAUUCCAAAAGCCCAAUUCGUACGAUCGUGCGAAUUCAUUCAAGCUUCCGUCUAUUUAAAACAAUGACAGACAGUGCGUCGACAGCAUAACAAGUCUCUACUCUGCAACUGUAAGCAAUACUUGUACUUGGCUCCUGGAACACAUGGCGGAUUUCGAUGGAGAGACAUCAAAUAAAGAUAAACGCUCUCGGGAAAGCGCAAAGGACUGUCAUGAGCUGCUGGCAGACUUGAUAUGUAAGAUAUUGGAUGGGGAUGACAAAUAUCGAACUACCCGGAGAUGGGAAGAUAAACAAGUGAUAGUAGAGGAAGCUAUGGGUCGGCUUCGUGACCCACACCUCUUACAGCAAUGGUUGAGAAAAUUACAGUCCGGUAAUGUCGAAAAUCCCAGUUUCAGUCUUAGCUCCAACAAUGCAUUUCCAGUUUUGAGCCAGCCAACAAAUCCAGUUCAGGACUUGGAUUCAUUGCAAGAGGAGGAGGUGCCGGGAGAGGCUAUUGAGGACCAAAUAGAGCAAUUAAUCUCAGAGGCUAAGGAUUUUCGCAUGGUGGCACGAGUUCUAAACAAAGUUUGGGCUUCUUAUGUUGCAAAGCAACAGCUUACAGAUCCUGUUAGGAUUCAAGAUCUUGUGCAAACGGACGAUGAAUCUUUCAUAUUCCACUUUCCUCUAACCCCUAACUCUAGCAGAUGUGCUAAGAUUCGCAUCAACCUACGGGGUUAUCAUGAGGUUGACCCGGAAAACCGUCAUCUGCCAGAUUUUUUUGGACAUCAAUAUCCGGGUGAAGGCAGCAGUGAUGCCAGAGCAAAUCAAGAGAACGUGAAGCUGUCAAAUGAGAACAUCUCUCCUGUCCAAGGGCAUGCAGAUUUUCAGAACAUCCUUACAAACUCUCCAGCUGAAGCUGACCAUAAAAUAGAAAGUAACCCAGAGAGGCUCGGGCAAAAAGACACCACAAUAGAGGAUUAUUCGCUACUGCGGCUCUUUGAUUUUGGAAAAUAUGAUAUGGAAAACCGUCAUCUGCCAGAUUUUGUUGGACAUCAAUAUCCGGGUGAAGGCAGUAGUGAUGCCAGAGCAAAUCAAGAGAACAUGAAGCUGUCACAUGAGAACACCUCUCCUGCCCAAGGGCAUGCAGAUUUUCAGAACAUCCUUACAAGCUCUCUAGCUGAAGCUGACCAUAAAAUAGAAAGUAACCCAGAGAGGCCCGGGCUAAGAGACAUCACAAAUACGGAGGUAAUGAUGCAAAACAAGAGGAGUAACUUGGAGAAGCCUCGUGUAUGGAAGAAAUUGGAAGAAGAGACCAAGAAGAACAAAGCUAACAUUACGAAAGGCAAGCGGAAGGUGGAGAAGGGCGAAGCUGAUUUAAAAGAAAACAGACUGAAGGUGGUGAAGGGCGAAGCUGGGUUAAAAGAAAAACGAAUGAAGCUGAGGUAGGACGAUGCUGAAUUACAAGAAAACCAACUGAAGCUGACCAGUAAUUUGCUUUUUUAAAAUACAUUGUCCAUGGUUUAUUGAGGAUGUUGAUGAACUGAAGAUACAAACAGUAAGUGUUUGUCUGAUGGUUUUGAAUCUCAAUGGUUUAUUGGAAUAUUUAUGAACUGAGGAUACAGAGUAUGUUUUUGUGUUUGAAUCUCAAUGGUCUAUUGGGAGCUUUCAAGAUAUGUAACUGGGUUGUGUGAGUUUAUAUUUGAUUAGCCAAGGAAGUUAUGCUCUUGAUUUAGAGCAAGUUGCAA